UGCUCAUAAAGAGUUUGAGUUCGAUUCAGGCAACAAGGUGCUGUUUUCUUGAGCAGCUUCCAUCCUGAAAGCAAAGCACUAAUAAUCGCGGGGCUCGUGCGCGCGGCGUCUUGGCGCGCCUCAGUGAAAACAGCGAGCCAUUGCUUUGACGUCACGCUGAUGAUGAUGAUUGGAAUCCGCACGGCGAGUGUAGAGCGCGUGAAGCGGCUCCUCUGAACCUCAGUAUGUUGAUGCCUUAAUAACAAGUGUUCAAUUUACGCGCCAGUUGCAGGAGCACUCAAGGAGGGAAGCAGAUCUGUGAGAUGGUUCGGUAAAUCUUGAUGUUAUGGAUUUGACUAAAAUGGGUGCGAUCCACCUUCAGAACCCCAGCCACCCUACAACUCUCCUGCAGAAGGCCAACCAGAUGCGCCUGUCUGGGACAUUGUGUGAUGUGGUCAUCAUGGUCGACAGCCAGGAGUUUCAUGCGCACAGAACCGUGCUUGCAUGUGCUAGUAAGAUGUUCGAGAUCCUGUUCCACCGCAACAGCCAACAUUACACUCUGGACUUCCUCUCACCAAAGACCUUCCAGCAGAUUUUGGAGUACGCCUACACCGCCACGCUCCAAGCCAAGCUGGAAGACCUGGAUGACCUGCUGUACGCCGCAGAGAUUUUAGAAAUCGAGUACUUGGAGGAGCAAUGUCUGAAGAUUUUGGAAACCAUCCAGGCAUCUGAAGAGAACGAUACAGAUGUGAACAUGAAUGAGAAUGGUGCCGAGGAUGUUGAAGACCGCAGGAUCAAGUACCUUAAGAGUGCAUUUAUCUCUAAAAAGCAUUCCAUACAAGAUGGCGGUUAUGGCACCGCUGCCCGCCAUCGCCUGGCUCUGGUCAGCAUGGUCGAUAAAAGAUCUUCAGAGUCUGCCCAACUGGGUCUUUCAACUGUCAGCCCUACUAAAGCUGCAGUAGAGGGCUUGAUGAGCAUGGGACAGUCCGUCCUCCAAGGCAACAUUGGACAGAGUUUCUCGCACAACAUUGGUAACUCAUCUCCAUUGAUAGAUAAGAUAAAAACUGAGAUGAUGCAAGUAGACGAGGACUAUCAACAUGAAGGUGGCUUCCCUAGGAACGGGGAGGGUGGCGGUGACUCCAGGCAGCACCGGGACACUCCUGGAACCCCGACCAGAGGCAGCGUCAUCACCAGCGCCCGCGAGCUCCACUCCACCGAUAGUUCUGUUGACUCCCAAGGGGACAACAACCAAGCCAGUUUGAUCAGUAUGGCCAGUCUGGCUGAUAGACAUUUCGCUUCGCUGUGCUCCAUCCCGUCCAACCAUAAGAGCGAAAGCAUGCUGCCCGUGCCUGUGUCCAUGGCCUCGUCCCUACAUGUGCCGCCAUCCCUGGCCAUGUCUAUGGAUUUCAGUGCUUACGGGGGGCUCUUCCACCAGAGCUUGAUUCAGAGGGAGUUCUUUAGCAAGCUCGGGGAUUUUGCAGUAAAUGUGAAACAUGAAGUCCAUACCCAGAAAGAGCGGUGUGAGGUGUGUGAUAUGGAGCUGCCCGAUAAUGAAGCUGCUGAACAACACAGGAAACUUCACGGCGGAGUGAAGACCUUUGGCUGUGAGUUCUGCGGAAAGCAGUUUCUGGACAGUUUACGGCUGAGAAUGCACAUGCUGUCUCAUUCAGCUGGACCAAAAGCACUAGUAUGUGAUCAGUGUGGAGCUCAGUUUUCCAAGGAAGAGGCUCUGGAAGCUCAUCGACAGACUCACACAGGCUCAGACAUGGCGGUGUUUUGUCUGCUAUGCGGGAAGCGUUUCCAGACCCAGAAGGCUUUGCAGCAGCACAUGGAGAUUCAUGCCGGCAUGCGCAGCUACAUCUGCAGCGAGUGUGAACGCACUUUCCCGAGCCACACAGCGCUCAAACGCCAUCUCCGCUCGCACACAGGUGAUCACCCAUUUGAGUGUGAGUUCUGCGGGAGCUGUUUUCGUGACGAGAGCACAUUGAAGGGUCACAAGCGCAUCCACACCGGAGAAAAGCCUUAUGAAUGUAACGGCUGCGGCAAGAAGUUCAGCCUCAAGCACCAGCUGGAGACUCACUACCGUGUCCACACAGGUGAGAAGCCGUUUGAGUGCAAGCUGUGCCACCAGCGCUCGCGGGACUACUCUGCCAUGAUCAAACACCUGCGCACCCACAACGGCGCAUCGCCCUACCAGUGCACCAUCUGCCAGGAGUACUGCCCCAGCCUCUCGUCCAUGCAGAAGCACAUGAAGGCCCACAAGCCCGAGGACGUGCCUCCAGACUGGAGGAUAGAGAAGACCUACCUGUACCUCUGCUACGUGUGAAACAGGCCCGUGGAAAAGAAAGCGCCCAAAGACUUCUCACCUGAAGGUUAGCUUUUGGUCCAGGCCAAAGACGGUGAAGGGCGCAAGGUCAGACUGAAGAAAUGUCAUGUGGAAUUGUUGACCUUUUGUUUGUGACAUGCAUUCGUGCACAUUUUUGUAGGAUGUAACUGCACUCACAAAUGUUUAUGAAAUGUAAAUGUGAUAAAGCGAUGUGAAUUUACGGAAAGUGUUAGUACAGUCCACCACUAUGACAAGAAUCUGCAUUCCACCCAUCUUCAUGUUUGGUUUAAUCAUAUUAUAAUAAGGAUUUCGUCGAUUUUUCUAUCUCCAUGGAUGAAAAUCAUAAGCCAUAGAUUUCUUUAAGAUCCCAUGAAAUCGACUGUGUUUAGAGGGCGGGGUUUAUUGUAGGGAUCAUAUAAUAGGUUUUUGCAACUGUAGAAAAGCAUUGCUUCGUCAUGUGUGACUCUGGACCACAAAACCAGACUAAAUUGAGAUCCUCUGAAAGUUAUAAAUGAAUAAGCUUUUCGUUGAUGUAUGGUUUGUUAAGACAGAACAAUAUUUGGCUAAUGUACAACUUUUAAAAUCUGAAUCUGAGGGUUCAAAAAAGAUAAAUACUGAAAAUAAUCGCAUUAAAAUCCCUUAAAAAGGCAUAACAAUCAAGUUUUGAUAUAUUCUCUAUAGGAAAUCUACAAAAUUUCUUUAUGUAAUCGGAUCUUUAUUAAUAUUUUAAUGAUUUUUGGUAUUCAGUAGAGCUGUGCAAUUAAUAGAAAAUCCGGUUUCGAUUUUGGCUUUUAACGAUUAUGAAAAUCAUUUAUCGAAUUAAACAAUUAUUCCAUCAUAUACCGCCCCCUUUCCAGUAGUACACGUUUGUUGCUCUGCAAAGCUCAGUUCUACGUGAAAAAUGACUGAAAGUAUGUGCUGUAAUGUAACUUUUGCAGCGCAGGAUGCGCAUCAUUCAUUGAUAUACGUUCAAAUCAUUCAUAUUUUUAAAAGUGCGAAAUAGCGCAUGCUGUUGUGUGUGUGCGCACCGCGCUCAGCCUCGGACAGGCUCGGAGACGAGCAGAGCACACACAUCUAAUGACAUCUUAAUGCGAGCGCUUUAAUGGUCAAAUACAUGCACAUUUGUGUCAGAGCUUGGUGUUUAGUGAUUAUUCAUAUAAACCCUCAUUUGUGUAAUUAACAAACAAGUUGAGAAUCAAAAGACACGUGAAAGAGAAACCAUAUCAGAGCCGCACUUUUCUUAAAGUAACAGUGCCAAUAUCCCUGCUGCCGCCUGUUUUUAUCAUUAAUCAAACAACAAAAGGAGAAAAUCCCUCACUGCUCUUGACUGAAUGACUUUUGUAGCUAAAGUUUUUUUUUCUUACAGUGAAAAUGCUCAAAGCACAGU